CCCAUUUUUCAGUAUGUAUGACCUGCCUUUUUCCAAGUCACAGAAAGGAUGGACAGUGUUGCCUGAGCAAAUUUGUACUCUUCAAAACCCACUGAAAUAAUUCAAGGGUGCAACUCUGAAAUGGCUGUUUUUCCUUUUUAAUGGAAGAUUUCUUCAUCAGAGGCACUGGAUCAUGAACUCAACCACACUCUGGAGCUCACAGGAUGUGCAGUACUGCUUUGAGUUUGUGAAUAAUUCAUGUCCCAAAAACCUGAGGUCUCCGAUCAGUUUUUUUGUUAUGUAUCUCUUUAUGGUGGGGACCAUUCUGCUCACCUCAUGUGGAAAUAUGUUUGUGAUUAUCUCCAUUCUCCAUUUCAAACAACUGCAUUCUCCAACCAACAUUCUCAUCUGCUCCAUGGCAACCACAGACUUUUUGCUCAGUUUCACAGUGAUGCCAUACAGUAUGGCCAGGUCAAUAGACUCAUGUUGGUACUUUGGUGAUGUCUUCUGCAAAGUCCAUACCUGUUGCGAUAUUAUGCUAUGCACCACUUCCAUUUUCCAUUUGUGCUUUAUCUCUAUUGACCGCUACUAUGCUGUAUGUGCUCCCCUUCAUUACAUGACCAAGAUAACUAUUCCAGUAGUUGAAAUUUUUCUAUUGAUUAGUUGGUCAGUCCCAUUCUUGUUUGCAUUUGGCUUAGUUUUCUCAGAACGAAAUAUUGAAGGCAUUGAAGACUAUGUGGACUCUUUAUACUGCUAUGGCUUUUGUGCCCUCAUCUUUAAUAAGCUCUGGGGAGUAAUGGCUUCAUUCAUAGCCUUCUUUCUUCCUGGCACAAUAAUGGUGGGCAUUUAUCUCCACAUAUUUAAAGUGGCAAACAAGCAUGCCGUGCAAAUCACUAAGAUUCCACGUGCAUCAAAGUCUGGGUCAGACUCAAAAAGGAAUUUUUUUAGUAAAAAAGAGAGCAAAGCUACUAAGACAUUAAGCAUAGUAAUGGGAGCAUUUGUUCUAUGCUGGUUACCUUUUUUUGUUCUUACCAUAACAGACCCUUACAUUGGUUUCUCAACCCCUGAGGAUUUGUAUAAUGCCUUUCUCUGGCUGGGCUAUUUCAACUCCAUGUGUAAUCCUAUAAUUUAUGGCUUAUUUUACCCUUGGUUUCGCAAAGCAUUUAAAAUGAUCGUGACAGGAACUAUCUUCCAAAGAGAUUCUUCUGCAAUGAAUCUCUUUCCUGCAAAUGUUUAA